AUGCUUUUGGUUUGCUUUCUACAGAUUUCAGGUUUUUUUGAACCUCUUAAUAAAAUUACAGCUCCUAAUAACACCCUUGACCCUUUUCUAGCUGACGAAAAUUCAUCAUCAGAGCAAGCAGAAUUUGAUGCUACUAAAGAUCAGUCGUUGCAAUCUGAUUCUUCUUCUACUAAUAAAGAACUCUUUGACGACUUAGCGGACAAUAAAAUAACCAAUACACUUCCUCCAGUACCGCAAUCUGAGGAUGCUAGUAUGACACAGGAGAAAUUAGAAGAUUUUACAAAAAAAUUUAAUGACGCUUUACAACUGGAUGACGUUGUAAAACCAAUUACUGAUAAAGAUAUGUGGAAGAGGCUACAUGAUUACAUAAUAAGUCAUUGGGAUAAAUUUUUUAUUGAUGGGCACCUUAGUGUAGCUUUAGAAUUACGAUAUAUUAUGUGCUCAUAUGUCAUAGCUUUUAUUCCUGGUCAAUUCGCAUUUGUAAUACCAGGAUUUUAUACUUAUUUGAUACCUAAACAGGCUUAUAAAAUUCCAAUUAUUUCUGAUGCCUUGAGAGGAGUAAAAAGAUUUUUUAAAUUUUGUAAAAAAACUUCGCGUGACAAGUUAUUUUUGACUUUUUAUUUUGGCCGAGCAAAUUCGUUAAAACAAGAUUUAGAGUUUCUUAAACGUAUACCUGAUAUGAUUAAAAAUAAUCCAGUAGGAAUUAUAAGAGAGCUACUGGCAUUUAGUAUUAAAGCGGACGGAUAUAAUCCUGAAGAUUGGUAA